GGUAUCACGUGUAUUGCACAAACCGCAAUACAUAUGGAAUUCUUGGAAUCUCUAUUACAGUUAAUACCCAGGCUAACAAAUUUGGGGUACAGCACGUUGAUGAGAGGAUAGAAGCAUUCCUUAAGGAGUUCUUGAAUACGGUGAGAAAUCUUAGCAGUGAAGAAUUAUCAAGUCUGAAAGAUACCCUUACCUCUAUGAAGCAGACAGUUGAUCUGACACUCAGAGAAGAGGUGGAUAGGAAUUGGGGAGAGAUUACUGAUGGAGAGUAUCUCUUUGACAGACUGCAAAGACAGAUUGAAUUAAUAAAAGACAUCACACGAGACUCUGUAGCUGAGUGUCUGGAAAGUCUGGUGUCCAGCAAGACUAAUAAAGAAUAUAGGAAGCUGACAGUACAGGUUGUUGGGGCAUCCAACCCAGAAGAUGGAACACCACCUGCACUGGAAGGCUUGUUAGGAGAAGACAAUGUAGUGAAGUUCCUGGGACCAUGUGAUAAGAGUGCUGUGAAAGACUAUCCUGCUGAACAAUUUAUUACAGACAUUGCCAGCUUCAAGGAAAAACUCGAACCAUAUCCAGUAACCAAGAUUGUUUAACAUUCAGUGUAAGGAUUAGGUGAUGUGCAUUUUCAUUAGAUUAUAUUAGUCCCCAUGUAUCUUGUGGAAGUGUAGGCCUUUUCAAUACUGAAUUUUGAUUGAUGAGGUGCAUUUGAAGUGCCUGACGUAGACAAAGUUAUGUAAAAGGUAUGUGAUUUAUAUUAUUUUUAUUUAUUUUUAUUUUUUUUUUAGACUUUCUGAUGGAGAAAUAGAGGUAGUGAAUAUUUUUUAUUGAUGGCAUAAUUUGAAUUGAAAAUACAUCUUGUAUUUCAUAUUUUUUCAUUCAUAUGUUUCUGUGAUUAGUAUUGUGAUUAAUGCUUUGAACUUGCGGGUUCCCAGAUAUUGGUUUCUAUGUAAAACAGAACCAAAGAUCUGUGGAAGAUGGAUUAGUGAUUAUGUUAUAACAGCCUGUUAUAAUAAGAAAAAUCAUAAAAAGUUGUGUUCUAAAGGAAAUAUGUCACAUUUCUGCAAUGUGAAAAUAUUCAUAAUCUGCAGGAAGUGUUUCAAAUUUAAAGGCAUUCAGAAACUAUAUAUAACCGUUUUUCAAAAGUAUCCAGUACUGUAAACAGGUAUAUCUUUUAGGCCUACAAAGGUAUAAGUAGUGUAUAUCAAAACUUGCAUGAAAAAUAGACAAACAAUGUAAUGUAAUAAAAAGAAAGAAAAUUAUAUUAUAUGGUGUUGGAGUGUGAAAUUUAUUGAGUACCAUACUUAAGCACAGAAAAUCAGCUAGAUUCACAUUAUACUCAUGAAAAGUAAAUGUAUAUCAAUAGAUGCUGGGAAAUGCAUGUGUUUUUCAAGUGUGAUUUGAAAAAAUAGCAUAAUGUGCUAUACAAUUAUGUUAGUGAAUGGUACUAUAUGUGAAUAAUAACACUGGCUUGUGUAAGACA